AAGAGUUGGUGAACUCUGAUACUGCUCCAACUACUUCCUGCAUGAAGUUGAAAUGCAGGAAAAAUGUUUUCUAUUCUCUUGGUGCCGGGGCUUAUAGCACUUGCUUACAUUUUCCGUCAAGUUGUAGUUAUAGGAAAGAGUUGUAAGAGCAAUGCAAAGCUGCAUGGGAAAACUGUGAUUAUAACUGGCAGCAAUACUGGCAUAGGGAAGGCCACAGCAAUAGAAAUGGCUAAAAGAGGAGCCAGAGUGACUCUGGCGUGUCGCAGCAAGCAGAGAGAAGCUGCUCUCCAGGAUGUAAAGAGGGAGAGUGGCAGCAACAAGGUAGUGUUUAUGCAGUUGGAUCUGGGAAGUCUUAAGUCUGUCCAUAGCUUUGCCGAGAACUUCCUUAAGUCUGAACCUAGACUGGACAUCCUGAUCAACAAUGCAGGACUGAUUGCAUUUGGUCGAACGGAGAAUGGGUUCGGGAUGAUGUUUGGCGUCAACCAUCUCAGUCAUUUUCUGCUUACUAACUUGUUACUAGAUAGACUGAAGGAGUGUGGACCAAGCAGGGUGGUAAAUGUGUCUUCUGGAUUACACAAAUUGGGAAAAAUAGGUUUUGACUACCUAAACACUAACAAAGAUCUAGGACUUGGGACAUCAUUAUUAGAUCGCUUUAGAAUUUAUGGAUCUAGUAAGCUGUGCAAUGUUCUCUUCACCCACGAGCUUGCAAAGAGAUUGCAGGAAACCAAGGUGACUUGUUACUCGCUCCAUCCAGGAGUCAUCAAGACUGAACUCAACAGGAACACAAACUCAAUACUUAAAAUCAUCAUUAAGAUCAUAGGAGGACUUCUCAUGAAGAACCCCACCCAAGGAAGCCAAACCACUUUAUAUUGUGCCCUACAGGAGGGCAUCGAACACCUGAGUGGGUGCUACUUCUCCAACUGCACUGCAAAAGAAAUACUUGCAAAAGCCAAGGAUGAUGCUACUGCAAAGAAGCUGUGGGGGAUAAGCCAGAGAUUUUGUAACCUUUGAAGAAUAGCCUACUUUUAGGAAUUCAUUA